GGUAUACACCUCUCCGUAAUUAGUACCAUUAUCACUAAUUAUGUAUACUUUAAUCAUGUACGCUUUAAUCUUAAUCUGCGUAUUGGCGAGCUACUCCACCGCGUUCCAAUCAGAUAGUAAAAUGUACUCCACGUUAGACCAAACAUCACCCUGUGUCUUGCGUAUGAAUGGUACUCAUACAUUCGGCUGUACUUCACCUCGUCAAGGUAACAACGGCGUUCUGCACGUAGUUCGUAACGUUACAGACUUUCUAUGGGUGCUGAAUUCAUCUCCUAUGGAUUCGUACACCGUCCUCAUCAACAACGAUAUGUUCACUCGCCAAUACCUCCAAAAGAUGAACGCCAGUUCCAAAAUAAGUGGCAUUUUACUAGCUCAAGAUCAAUCACGUUCCGAAAUCAAACCUACAUCACCGGAAGAUACUUGCCCAAACCGAUAUUCUGGCUUAGCCCGGCGUGAAAACAUGUGCGAAAAACCCUGGAAUACCAUCGGUACCGGCAUACUGCUAGAGAGAUGGGAUAUGCCUAUAUUUUUCACCAAAGAUAACGAUACUAUAACCCAGCUACACGAUUGCUUUCGCCGUAACGCUCCUUAUGACGAAUCGCAGACAUCCAGGUCGUUGUGUGCUUUGCAAUUAUCAUCUCAUAUGUUCGGUGCAGUCGAUUCCAGAACAUGUUUACGUCGUAACGCCGGUACCUUUAAUACAAAUCCUAUCACGUACUGCACUGAAAUGGGAAAUGAAAACAUCUAUCUACCGAUCAUACCGUUGGAUAAAUUCAAACCUACUCCUAAAUCGUACGUAGUUGUCGCAGCUAGAUUGGACGCUACUUCCUUCUUCUAUAAAAACAAUCCGGCUUCUUUAUCAGUGGCCACAUCGUUGACUACGUUAAUACUCACAGCUAAGCUACUCUACGAUAUGACCAAGGGUCAAGAUUUUAGUAAAUACCAUAAAAACGUCGUAUUCAUGUUGUUCAACGGCGAAGCUUACGAUUAUAUUGGAUCCAGUAGAGUUGUCUAUGAUUUGAAAGAAAAUCAAUACCCGUCGCCUGAACAUCCUAUUUUAAUAGAUGAAAUCGAUCUCUACCUCGAGUUAUCGCAAUUAUACAAUUCCGAAGAACUAUAUUACCAUAACACACCCAAUGUUUCCUCAUUUAUCACUAGCUUUAACCAAACACUCAAAAAACACAAUUUGAUGUCAAGCACGAGAUCAACACUACCGUCAUCUGCUUUGCAGAACUUCUUGCUAGUAAAGAAGGAUUUUCCAGGUGUGUUGUUGAGCUCUUACAACGAUGAAUUCACCAACAAAUAUUACCACAGUUUAUUCGACGACGAUUACAAUAUAAACUACAAAUACGUUGGUAAAAAUCAGACCGUUCCUGAUGACAGUAUUCAAUCAUUCGUGGCGAACUUCGCUACCUCAUUAGCUGCCACCUUAUACCAGCAGAUUUCCAACUCUACGCCCAAUGCUUCAGCUACUAUAACCAAAGAAGAAGCUGAUGAAUUAUUGCACUGUUACGUAGACACUCUAUCUUGCGAUUUAAUUAAAGAAAUGGGCGCUAGUAGUUUCCUUCCCGAAGAUAUAAUCUCAUCCAAAAUCAAAGGAAUUGAUUAUUACGUCGGCGUAAUCACUAAACAAACUCAGUGGAUUAACGUGGCCACCCAACUGUUCCUCAUCUUUUUCUCCAGUUACAAGACUAACUCGACCAACUACGAACAGUGUGCCAAUCUUAAUGCUUAUUGGAUACCGAGUAAAAAUAUCUGCUUAAAAUCUGAGCUCAACGUCACCGCUGCGUUUAGUCCGGCGUUUGUUAUAGAAAAUUACAAUAUGACUUCUGGAGAAUAUCCCACCUGGACUGAAUCUCAGUGGAAUAGCAAUAACAUCAAAGUACGAAUGUUCAUGCAACCGUCUCGACGCUACGAAUGGUUGGUUUUCAUCGUCGGCAUAUUAACGUUUUGUGGUUCGUUUGCGUUCACGUAUUUGGUCAAAAAGAAUGCCAAAGAGUUAUUCGAUUAUCCUAAUUUAAUAAGUGCUUCCAAUAUAUAAGGACAAUGCGCUGCAAAUCGAAUAUUAGAAGUGAUACGUAAGCCUGCGGAAAUGGGUAAUUAUUGGAAAAUGAUUAAUUAUGACCAUCAGAAAGACGAUUUAUUACAAGUAAUGCUCUAUGGCUGUAAUAUAAUUCAUAAAAAAAAGUCUCAACAUCGAUACUACUGAGAAUUAAAAUAAUUAUUCUAGUCUUGAGAAAUACGCUCGCCAGUAUUAGAAUAUACCUAAUUGAAACGUUCGUAAUUUUUGUUGUAUAAAAACAUUUGUGAUUUUCCUUCUUUCAUUUUUUUACGUAGUUAUGCGGACAUACCUACCUAUUAAUUUCUUUAUUUUUUUAUUUUUUCAUUAUUCUUAACUUGUACUCUAUAACAAAUUUAAUUUCAUUGUAAUACCUAUCUGUUUAUUCGAUUGUAAUUCGAUUUUAAAAAUUAAUACAUUUUUAUUUACGUUGA